CGAGCCUUAACGCCUGAGAGGGCUGCGGCUCCUUUAAGAAGCGUUUCCUCCGCGAAAGGGGUUUCUUUUUGUCCCUCGCCACUGUCCGUCACGGGGACCCGUUUCCUGCUUCCGAGGCUGUUAAAGAGCCGCUUCCGCCCCCCCGGCUUGCCCGAUUCUUUCUGUCGCUUCUGUUGAGUGCUGCUGACGGACCCGACGCUUUUGGCGAUGAGCCUCCCAGGGCUAAGCUUGAAAAAAGCCGCUGCUUUUGCCCAAGCCCUGAGAGCGGAGCCUCGGUACCUGCUGGCCCAAAAUGUUGCAACCUGCGGAGACCCACUGGAGGUGUGCCUGGAGCGGAGUGUGGUGCAAGACACACUCCAGGUGUUCCAGCACACGGUACCGACUGAAGGCAAGCCAGUCACCAAUCAGAAGAACUCAGGGCGCUGCUGGAUCUUCUCAUGUCUGAAUGUGAUUCGUCUCCCGUUCAUGAAGAAGUUCAACAUCGAGGAGUUUGAGUUCAGCCAGUCAUACCUCUUCUUCUGGGACAAGAUCGAACGUUGCUACUACUUCUUGCAUGCCUACGUGCAAACAGCUCAGCAUGAGGAGCCAGUGGACGGUCGUCUGGUACAGUUCCUGCUCACCAACCCUUCCAAUGAUGGCGGGCAGUGGGACAUGCUUGUGAACCUUAUAGAAAAGUACGGUGUUGUUCCCAAGAAGCUUUACCCUGAAUCGCAUAGCACAGAGGCCUCCAGAAGGAUGAAUGACAUUCUGAACCAUAAGAUGCGGGAAUAUUGCAUCCGACUAAGAAACAUGGUAAAGACCAACUGUAGCAAAGCCGAGCUCGCAGUUGCAGUGGACACCAUGAUAGAGGAGGUAUUUCGAAUAGUUUCCAUCUGCCUGGGGAGCCCACCGGAAACGUUCUGCUGGGAGUUCUACGAUAAGGAGAAGACCUAUCACAAGAUCGGGCCAGUCUCGCCAUUGCAGUUCUACCAGGAGCACGUCAAGCCCGUCUUCGAUAUGGAAAGCAAAGUUUGCCUCGUCAACGACCCCCGGCCCCAGAACCCAUACAACAGACUGUACACGGUGGAGUAUCUGAGCAACAUGGUUGGGGGAAGAAAGACUCUUUACAACAACCAGCCGAUUGAGCUCUUGAAGAAAGUGGCCGCCUCUUCUAUUCGGGACGGAGAGGCGGUCUGGUUCGGCUGUGACGUCGGAAAGCACUUCAACAGCAAACUGGGCAUCAACGACAUGAACAUAUUUGAUCACAAGCUGGUGUUCGGGGUGUCUGUCAAGAACAUGAACAAGGACGAGCGGCUGAUCUUCGGGGAUUCCAUGAUGACCCACGCCAUGGUCCUAACUGCUUUCACCGAGAAGGAAGACCAAGAGGACUCCUUUGAGAAGUGGCGUGUGGAGAACUCAUGGGGGGAAGAUCGUGGGAAUAAAGGUUAUCUCAUCAUGACAGACGACUGGUUCUCGGAGUACGUGUACGAAGUGGUGGUGGACAAGAAGCACGUGCCCGAAGACGUCCUGGCGGUGAUGCAGCAGGAGCCAAUCGUCCUGCCCGCGUGGGACCCAAUGGGCGCUCUGGCCAAGUGAACUCUCGGGGGGCCUCGCUGCCUCCUCCUUCUGGUCAACCUUGAAGCAAGCGUGGUGGGAUCGGGAAGGCCAGGAGCCAUGGCAAAGCAGCCACGCGGCCAUGCUCACCGCUGGAGGUGCGGCAGUCGCCAGUGGUCCUCUGCAGGUCCUCUGCGGGAAGCUGUGCUUUUUUCACCGAUGGGGCUACUCUGCAAUCUUGCCGUUGCCGUGUGCUUUUCCCAUUGUAGUACGAUUGUCCCUUUCUUUCUUCUUAGUCCUUUUUUGAAUUCUUUUCUUUAUGCACUCAGUGUGUUUCAAACUCCCUCCAAAGUGAUACUUUCAAGCAAACUACGUGGGCAGAAGAUGGGUGCAGGGUGACGAUCGUAAGGGAACAAUGGUGGUGGUUAGGGUUCGGUGGCUUCACCUGCCUCUUUCUGGAGUGAGGGAGAGUCACGGGGUGGGUGACCCUGUCCAUUUCUGAUCCACGAGCUUCCGUCUGUCUGUCUGUCUCUUGUCUGUCCUGACUGUGGUACAGUCUGAAUUGUCUGGGGGGGAUUUUUUGCCUUGGAAACGGUACACCGGAUUCUGAGCCAACAGGAUCGUCAAUUCUGCCUGGCUCAGCAGAACAACCACUUAGAUGUCUUCAUGGGCAGAACUGAAGAAUGCAAGAUGCCCACGCAAAAAACAACAACAACAACAAAACUUUUUUUUUAAAUCACGGAUUUUAUUCAAAUGCUGUUGACGAUUAGAUGGUGCUAUGACGCGUUUUAAAUAAAUACACAUU